UGCAUAAUAAUUUUAAAAUUCGAUGCAUGUAUGGUCGAUCUCGACACGUGAUUUUUGCUGGUUAAAUAUUGCAAGUGCCACUUACAAGGUUGAUGUUGAUUAGACCUACAGGAAUGGCUCCAAGGAGGAAAGCAAAAAGUGUUGAUGCAAAAGUUCUUGCCAAUGAACUGGAGGAGCAGUUGCCAUGCAGAGGGAAGCAGAUUGCAUUGCUGUUAUCACUUGCAGGCCAGCCAAACCAUGCUACCUGUCCAGCUAUCUUUGUCUACGGCCAUUCUGCAACGGGAAAGUCUGCUGUUGUCCAUUCCAUCUUGGAGUCUUACUCUGCCCCGAGAGCUAUCGUGAACUGUGUAGAAUGGCAAAGUCAGAAGCAGCUCUUUGAAGAGAUUCUUAAUCAGGUAGCCGAGGCUGGGCCCAGUCCGGAGAAUGGUUUCACACAGUACGCCAGGUGUGACAAUGCCAAUGACUUUGUAAGGCUGCUCAAAGGAGUGGUCCAGGAGAAAGGCAUUGAGGAGACAGUGUACAUUGUACUCGAUAAAGCAGAGAGGUUACGAUUCAUGGAGGGGCACAUCUUACCAGCCUUUCUGAGGCUUUCAGAGCUGUCUGAGUGUAAUGUGUGUGUCAUCAUGCUGAGUCAGAUAGUGUGGGAGAAGUUCAGAUGUGGCACUGGCUAUUGUGAACCGGUCAUCAUUCAUUUCCCCGACUAUACUAAGAAUGAGAUCUUGGAGAUCAUUGCCUCAGACCCUCCAGCUGGCUAUAAGUGUACCUUCUAUGCAUCUUACCUAAACCUUCUCCUAAGCAUCUUCUACAUGGCUUGCAGGGAUCUCAACGAAAUCAGACACUUGGCCCAACUCAACUUUCAAAAGUACAUUGAACCCAUUACCAAAGGAGAAGCUACUGUGGAUGAUGCACACAAGCUGUGGAGGAAUAUUGAACCUCAUCUCAAGAAAGCACUCCAAACCAUCUACCUCAGGGAAGUGUCAAGCUCACAGUGGGAGAAAUACCAACAGGAAGUUUCAAGUCAUGCUAGUCUUCCCACCAUGCUCUCUGCCCGAGCCCAUGUCGAACUGCCAUUCUACUCCAAGUUCCUUCUGAUAGCAGCAUACCUUGCCUCCUACAACCCCGCCAGGACAGACAGACGGUUCUUCUCAAAGCAUCAUGGGAAAAUUAAGAAGUCUGCCAAGGUGUCUAAAAAGAAGGAGACUAGCAACCAGCUUCUAGGUCCCAAGGCAUUCCCCUUAGACAGACUCAUGGCUAUCUUCUACAGUGUUGUAGAUGCAAGGGUUGCACCAUCUGCAAAUAUCUUUUCUCAGAUCUCUUCCUUAGUGACCCUGCAACUCUUAUCCCACGUUGGUCAUGAUGAUCAGCUAGAUGUUCCCAAGUACAAGUGCACAGUGUCUCUAGAUUUCAUCAGGUCAAUAGCAAGGACGGUGAACUUCGACAUCAUCAGAUACCUUUAUGAUUUUGUCUGAAGCAGCUCUACCUAGCCCCCUCAUGGUAUACGUGAGUCUAUGCAUCUAAGAUGGAAGUGUGUAUUGGUGCAAGAUGGAUGCCUGACAAAAAUACAGUACUUACGAUCUUGUGAUGGAAAAGUAGCAACCACCCUAGAGUUGUAUGCCUUGUUAUUGUGCCUGUUCUUGGCUUUUUAAAGUUUUUCUUCAGUGCACAGUUUGAUUUAAUUUGGAUAUUCAGGUAUUAAUACUAGUUCUAAAGGUGAAGGUAUUCCCAGAAAGAUUAUUUUCCCAUACAUUCCAAGUGCCUUACACAUGAAAUCUGACAUGAAGAUAUUGAAUGAUGGUGCUCCAAAGUGAAAGAAAUGGGUAAUGUUUACAACUGUGUAGCUUAUUUGUUGCUACCUCUUCUGUUUCAAAAGAAUGUUUGAAAAAUAUUUUGAUUUUAUUUAUUUUUGAGAAAGACAAAAUGCUGUAAGUCAGAUAUGUGCUGCUCUGUAGAGGUAUGUUUUGUUUUGGGAUUUUUUUAACAAUAAGCUUGGUACACUAAAGUCUAUGUAUGAUCAUUUUGAAACCAAAAUGUUCUUGGUUCCUACAGAAAAUUUUGAAAUGAAAAUGCACAACACUAGUACAGUGUAUGUGUUGAUUGCAAAAGUAAUUGAUAUUUAUUA